AUGGGCAUAAUGGGUAUCGCGAGGGGAAGUUUGUGCUUCAGUACCAUCCGCAAGGGUUGGCAGGGUGAUUCGAAUGAUGGAGGGAUUGCAACAACUCAGUGUGAGUAUGAUGCUGCGUCGAAUCUGGCAAAGAGCUCUUCUGGGCUUCCUCUUCAUUCAGAGAUUGUUCCCCCGCUCCCCCCAAAGUUCAGGGGAGUCGACGAGAAGACCUUGCAGAUUGCAAUCGAGACUUGCUUUCCGACAUUACCCAAACACAUGGCUGGAAUCCUUGAGCAUUGCCUGGCCAGCAUCGUGUACCACUUCAACUACUUGAGUCUGCGGUUGGACCCUUGCCAUCCUUUCUGGAGCAGUGCCUUGUUUCUGGAGCGAGGCUUGUUGGAAAAGCUCAAGGAAAAGGCAUUCCUGCCCCAGACUCCGGAGGUGCCGAGGGUAAAUAAUGUCUGCGCUCAGAGCCAAGCUCCCCCCCCGCCUGUCGAAGUGCCCUGUGAUGAUCCCUCUAACCGUAAUUCCUUGGACAAUGUGCCCAAGGACGCAGCCUUGGUUCCUGAGCCAGAGCUGUCGGUGCAGUUGAAAUCGUUGGAGAAGAAGAUUGAUGAACAGCGUGUUGAACUCAAGAGGAUGUAUAGAUUGGGGAUCGACGAGGUGAUGAAAGAGCUGAAUACUAUGCACGAGCAAUACAUGCAAAAGAUGCAAUCAAUGCAGCAGCAGAUGAAACAAAUGGAUCAGCAGGUCAGCUGUUUGUUCAAUCAGAUAAACACGACACUGGAGAAUCGGGAAGGUCAGGCCGUCAACCCGGAAGAGCAGGAGCAAUUGCAGCGGCAGCGGCAAAACGUUGGAUUCCAGCACCUGUUUCAACAGCAGCAAGAAAUGCAAAGGAUGUUCCUGGAAAACAAUCAGCAACAUUGGCAGAUUCAGAAACAAAUUCUUCAGAAGCUGCAGCAAAAAGGGCAGCAGGGGAAGGGCAAGGGACGGGGGCACGAGCAGGGUGGAAGUGCAGGGCUAUCAGUGGAGCCUUCUGAGCUGAGCGCACCGUCGCAAGACUCAGAGGAAUCGCAGGACGAGAGUUCAGUCAACGUGCGGUCGGAACCCAUGAAGGUAUCGGAUGAAGCCGGAGUCAUGAUGAACGCCUGGACCCUCUGGCACUGCGGAAACCAUCACAAAAGUCUGCCUCCUAUGAAGAACUGGAAGGCGGCGCAGCUGUCAAGCCGGGCGGAGAGCAGGAGGCUGUCGGACAUGAGGUACCUGAUGAAGAACUUCCAUCAGUUCAUCAAGAGGAGCAUCCUUGAUAGCCCCUUGCACGAGUUCACCAAGAGCUUGGAGCUGGAUCAGUUGAAAGCUUUCAUUGACGGCGCCCCGUCGCUGCAGGAGGCGAAUGCUCUGUUCAAGAAACAUUCUGACAGGUUCCUGUCAUGGACGGAGCGCGGAGAGGCCAAUGAGAGCUAUAGCGAGCGGAGUGGGCAGCUUUCAUGGAUAACCUACGUCAAGAAACUGCGGGUGAAGGAGAAAACAAGCCCUCAGGAGAUGGAGUGGUUGUGGAAGAGUGAGGGUUGA